AUGGAUGAGGAUGAUUCUGGUUUCAGUGGAAUUGUUAAAAUUUCAAACGUCAGCGAUUUUAUUACUCCUUCACAGGCAUGCAUCUUACCACUUCAGUCGAAACAAUCAGAUAUGAAAGUUCGAAUCCAAGCUAGAAGUCGAUCUAAGAAGGUUAAUGGUGAUGCAGUAAAUAAAGUAGUGGUUACAUUAAAUGACUGCUUGGCAUGUAGUGGUUGUAUUACAAGUGCGGAAACGAUACUUGUUAAGGAACAAUCGAAACCGAAAUUCUUGGAGGGUUUGGCAAGCGCACAAUUGAGCGUAAUGACCGUUUCGCCGCAAUCAAUAGCAUCCAUUGCUUAUAAACGUGGUUGUCAGACGUCAGAAGCAGCAAGACUGAUUGCCGGAAUUUUUAAGAAUAUGGGAAUGAAAUAUGUCCUUGAUUCGAGCUUUGGAAGGCUGUUAACGUUGUCACUUUCUUAUGAUGAAUUUAAGGAAGCGCAUUUGCAGCGACCAAUUUUUACGGGUGUUUGUCCAGGUUUCGUGUGCUACGCGGAGAAAACUCAUGGAACAUUACUUAUCCCUCAUAUUAGUCGUGUGCGAUCACCGCAAGCCAUGAUGGGCGCACUUGUGAAAGACUAUCUAGCAAGGAAGUUUGACGUGAAGCCGGAAAAGAUAUUUCAUGCCUCUGUUAUGCCAUGUUUUGACAAGAAACUUGAAGCUGCGCGCUCGCACUCCGGAAAUUACUCCGACUGCCGUGAAGUUGACUGCGUUCUAAGUACAGGGGAAGUGGAUGGAAUUUUGGAUGAAUAUAACGCAACAGAGAGUUUUUUUGCGUCUGAAAAAGUGGGUUGGCUAAAUGCAUUGGAGAAUGGGAAGGUAAUAAGUUCGGAGGGAGGCUCUUCGGGUGGGUACGCUGAAUACAUUGUGAAGAGAUUUGUUGCAGAAUCAGAAAAGCCAUUGGAAUUGAAGAGAACCAUAAAGGACAAAAAUUGGGAAAUUAUUGAAGCAGUAGAUGGUGAAACGAAGAUGCUAUCUGUGGCAAAAUGUUAUGGAUUUCGUAACAUCCAGAUUCAUGUACAAAAAUUGAAGCGUUCAAAAUGUGAUUAUGAUUACGUUGAAAUCAUGGCUUGUCCAUCAGGAUGUAUUAAUGGCGGCGGUCAAAUCCGUGGUGCCUCCACUGAAGAAAGAAAAAAGAUCUUAGAUGCAAUCGAACUAUCAUGUUCGGAUGAUAAUUCAGAAAUGGAAAAAGAACUAGAACGUGUAAAAGAAGAGUGGUCAGUACUGAAUCCAGACUGGAUGAAUUUACUUUAUACGAAGUACUAUGCAGUGGAGAAAAGUGCUGAAAGAAUAAGUACGAACUGGUAA